AAUCAUGACGUUGGUCAUGCUCCAUUCUUGUUUGUUUCAAUCCACUUGGGCUGUUGGGCACUUAGGUGGGCUAGCAGAUUACCACUAGCAUGGAUUCUUCUGCUACUAAUAUGUUUCCCUUUCGACGUUUGGUUCCGGCCAAGCCGCGACAUUAUAUAAUGAUGACAGCGGGGCAGCCAAAAGAAGAAGAAAAAAGGAGCUAAUUAUCGUGCUUCCAUCUGCCAAGUGAGCUCACACUGUUGACUCGAAGAAGACCACCACGAAAUUCCCGAUCUCGCGCGUGCUCCUGCAUCUUGUAAACAUCUAAAAGAAGGCGGCGCGAGUAACCUCCGGUGGCCGUCACUUCUGGGCGGACGGCCAUCAAGAAUGGCCGGCGGCGACCUGCUCAGCCUGGCGGCGGUCUCGGCCGCGGUGACCGCGGCCAUGUGCUACGCCCGUUUCGCGGCCGGGCGCCUCCGCCCGGGCCUACCCCGCCUCGCCGCGUUCCUCCCGGUGCUCGCCGCCCUCCCGCUCCUCCCCUUCGCCUUCCACGCCAUCCACCCGCGCGCCAUCUCCGGGUUCUUCCUCGCCUGGCUCGCCGAGUUCAAGCUCCUCCGCCUCGCCGCCGGCCAGGGCCCCCUCCACCCAUCCCUCCCGUUCCCCGGAUUCGUCGCAGUCGCCUCCGGCCCCGUCAGGCUCCGCGACGACGGGCCCGACAAGGCUCAAGGCACGUCGUCGGGCCAGGACCUCGCCUCCUCCGCCGUCAUGGCCGCGCUGCUCGCCGUCAUCGUCUCGCUGUACCGGUACCAGGAGCUGAUGAACCAGUACGCCCUGCUCACCCUCUACGCGUUCCACGUGUACUUGGCCCUGGAGCUGGUCCUGGCGUCGGCGGCCGCGGCGGCGCGCGCGCUGCUGGGCAUGGAUCUGGAGCCGCAGUUCGACCGGCCGUACCUGUCGGCGUCGCUGCGGGAUUUCUGGGGACGGCGCUGGAACCUGUCGGUGCCCGCCGUGCUCCGGCCGUGCGUGUACCGCCCAGUGCGCGCGCGCCUGGGCCCGGCCGCGGGGGUGCUCGCGACGUUCCUGGUGUCCGGGCUGGUGCACGAGCUCAUGUUCUACUACAUCACGCUGCGGCCGCCCACCGGGGAGGCGACCGCCUUCUUCGCGCUGCACGGCGCGUGCGCGGUGGCGGAGGCGUGGUGGGCGAGGCACGACGCGUGGUGGCGCCCGCCGCGGCUGGUGGCCACCCCGCUGACGCUGGCGUUCGUGCUCGUGACGGCGUUCUGGCUCUUCUUCCCGCCGAUCACGAGGCCCGGGGCCGACAAGCUGGUGAUCGCCGAGUGCGAGGCGGCCGUCGCGUUCGUCCAGGACGCCGGCGCCUGGGCGGCCGGCUCCGUCCGGUCGGUCUGGACUGGGCGCUCGUAGUACGGAGACGGCUGGUGCGUCACGCCUGAUGCGCCCGCGAAGAAUGGCUCGUUGCUCAGGCGGCAAUUUUUGUGUGUAUUGCGCCUGCGGCUGUCGAUUUGUUACGAAAAUGUAACGAAACUCGUUUAUUACUCGCUUGUCACACCAAUGAACUGACGAUGAUUGACAGUACUAAUGGCACACCCAAAAUACGGAGCAUCAGAUCACAGCACCAGCAUAGAAAUGCCCCAAUCAAAUUUGUUUCAAAUCCAUAUAAAUGUCCCAAUCCAAAUUUGCUUCAAAUCCAUGCAUUUAAAAAGUUAUUUAUA